UCUCACGGAGACAGCCGGAGACACUAAGGCCAUGUUCUCUCAGAACUGAAAAAGCUUUCGAGGUUUUACAGAGAUUCUGAAUCGCAGAUUUACGGAGUCAACUCGUCCGCUCGGAGGCUUCGAAAUGGUUCAGCUAGUGAAUUCGGAGAAGGAGAACGAGAAGGAGAAGAGGAAGCUGGAAACUGACGACUCCUUGGAGGAUCAAUUAGGCUAUCUCGACAAGAAAGCCAAACUUGAUGCCGCCUUAGAGAGUGUGAUGUCGACCUUGCCUUCAAUGGACGAUCUACUGGAUGAGCCACCUCCGCUGGGACUGAAGCUCACAAAGAGUCCAUCGUUUAUAGCAUUGAUUGAGGCGACACUCUCUCAAAGUCAAGGAAACAACACAAAGUUACCUACUGAGAGCCUUAAAAAAGAUCAUAAGGUUGCUGCCGAUAAGCUCAAGGCUUCGAAUUUCCCAGUUUCUCUUCUCAGGAUUGGGACAUGGGAGUGUAAAUCUAAAUAUGAAGGAGACCUGAUGGCGAAAUGUUACUAUGCCAAGCAUAAGCUUGUGUGGGAAAUUCUUGAUGGUAGUCUCAAGAAUAAGAUCGAAGUUCGGUGGUCAGAUAUCGAGGCAAUCAAAGCCAAUUACCCUGAUGAUGGACCGGGUACCUUGGAUUUGAUGCUGGCUAGGAGGCCCAAAUUUUUUAGGGAGACUAAUCCCCAACCUAGGAAGCAUACCGUAUGGCAUGAAACUUCAGAUUUCACUGGUGGACAAGCAAGCAUACACAGGCAACAUUUUCUGCAGUGCCCAGAAGGCAUGCUGGCCAAGCAUUUGGAAAAGAUUAUCCAAUGUUAUCCUCGUCUCAAAUUUCUAAGUCAGCAGCCGGAAAUUCCAUUGGAAUUUCCGUAUUUUGAGCCCCAAGCUUCAGCACUUAAUGCAACAAAUGGAUCAAUCUCCAGGGGUGCACCCCCAUCUGGAGUUUCAUCUGCCUUGGAGAAUGAGCGACAAGAGUCCCUUCCUGAACUCCCAGAAAAUAUCUCCAAUGAAGCUCCUUCGCCCAGAUCAGAUAUGAGUGCUGGAACAGAGGAAUCCAACUUGCUCAGGCAUCCUGAUCAGAUUCAGAUGUCCGAAAGUCACCAAUCUGUGGAGAUGAAUGACCCAGUUAGUGUCAUUGGAAACUGCAUUUCAGAGCAGAAAUCAUCAGGCAAUCCUGCCCCUUUGCUUGGCAACUCUCAGUGCAGGCCCUUUCUGGAGAAGGUUACCCAUCUGUUGCUCGGUGAUUCCCAACUUAUGUCCACCUCUGAUGAGCAGUCCGUCAUGUCAAAGGCAAAUUCUUUUUGUUCUCUGCUACAGAUGGAUCCUGGAACAACACAAAUAUCUAUUCCUGCUGAGCAGUCCGCUACGUUGAGGAUCAAUUCCCUUUGCUUCCCGCUGCAGAAGGAUCCUACGGUAGCAGAGAACUUGGAGAGUAAAGUUAGGACUGUUCAAGAUGCGCAAAUUGAUGAGAAUAAGAAUUUGAGGGAUACACAGUCUGUCAAUGAAUCAGCAGGUGAAGAUAAAAUUUCUAGGGAUUUUCCCAGUCAAGUAUCUGAUGACAUGCAGGGUGGGGCCAUGUCAAGAGAGGAUUCUAUUGAGGAGCUGCUUCACAAUCUCCCUAGAAUUGCAUCUCUACAAGAGUUUCUGUUCGACAUUACUGAAGAGUCUAAUACUGCAGUGGCACAGAACUUGGAGAGUAAAGCUAGUGAAGGUGAAAUUCCGGAGGAUUUUUCUGCUGAAGGCAAGUCCUGUCAUGUAUCUGACGAGGACCAGGAUGGGGCCAUUUCGGGAAAUGAAUCUGUCGGGGAGCUGCUUCACAAUCUCCCUAGGAUCGCAUCUCUGCCGCAUUUGCUGACCAAAGAGUCUGACAAUCGAGAAAAAUGGUGAGUCAUGCCAAUGUUCCAUCAUUGGUGCUUUCAUCCGAAAGCCAGGGGAUUUGGAAACUUAUGUUGAUGAAGAAUCCCCCAAUGUCCACCUGAAAAUGCAGUAUGCAACCUUAUGCAGGCAUUAGUUUUCAUAUGGUGAUCAUUUCAAGAUCGCAGAUUCUGAACCUUUUCUCUGUGUUUUUUUUUUUCUUUUUGGGAGUUUCUGAUGGUUUAAUUAAGGUGAAAGUAUUCUUGAAGAGUUUGAUGGAUUUAAGGUAAUAAUGC